GGGCCUGCGUCAGCUGCAGCCCGCCGGCGAUUGGGGCGCGCGUGCCUCCUUCGGUUUGGGGCUAAUUAUAAAGUGGCUGUGGCCGCUGCCAACCUCCGGACAGCGAGGCAGGCGCUCAGAGCCCCGCAGCCCAACGACACCGAGGACCGCGACGAGUGGCAUCUAGGACCCGCUCCUCCAGCAGCCUGCUCCAUCUGAACUGCCUGCGGCAACCCCAUGGCGCGGUUCCUGAGACUUUGCACCUGGCUGCUAGUGCUUGGGUCCUGCCUCCUGGCUACAGUGCAGGCAGAAUGCAGCCAGGACUGCGCCAAGUGCAGCUACCACUUGGUGAGCCCAGGCGACAUCAACUUCCUGGCGUGCACACUGGAAUGUGAAGGACAAAUGCCUUCUCACAAAAUCUGGGAGACCUGCAAGGAUCUCCUGCAGGUGUCCAAGCCUGAGUUCCCUUGGGAUAGCAUCAACAUGUUCAAAGACAGCAACAAACAGGAUGAGAGCCACUUGCUGGCCAAGAAGUACGGAGGGUUCAUGAAAAGGUAUGGAGGCUUCAUGAAGAAGAUGGAUGAGCUUUAUCCUGUGGAGCCCGAAGAAGAAGCGAAUGGAGGCGAGAUCCUUGCCAAGAAGUACGGUGGCUUCAUGAAGAAGGAUGCGGAUGAGGGCGACACCCUGGCCAACUCCUCCGACCUGCUGAAAGAGCUCCUGGGAACAGGAGACAACCGUGCGAGAGAGGGCCGCCACCAAGAGAGCACUGACAAUGAUGACAACAUGAGCAAGAGGUAUGGGGGCUUCAUGAGAGGCCUCAAAAGAAGCCCCCAAGUGGAAGACGAAGCAAAAGAGCUGCAGAAGCGCUAUGGGGGCUUCAUGAGAAGGGUGGGCCGCCCAGAGUGGUGGAUGGACUACCAGAAGAGAUACGGAGGCUUCCUGAAGCGCUUUGCGGAGUCCCUGCCCUCCGAUGAGGAAGCUGAAAGUUACUCCAAAGAAGUUCCUGAGAUAGAAAAAAGAUAUGGGGGAUUCAUGCGAUUUUAAAGCCCUUUCCCAAAGGUGACCCCAGGCACCCACCAGCCUGCUGCAUCCCCAGUGAGCGACUGCCUCACCAGUGGUGUUUGUUGUCACUUGCUGCUUGUACUGUUGCCCUUCUGGUCUGGAUAACUACACUGCCUGAAAGCUGUGAUGUGUGGGGUCUGUGUUCUCUUGAGUCUCGGGGCUCAGUACUGGCCUGUUGCAGCUAUCCCGGUAUCAUGCUGUAAGUUUCUGUUACCUCAUCCCCUAACUUUUGGCAGAAACGUCAAUAAAUGCUUACUUGUAUAUAGAUAUAAUAAACCCAUUACCCCAACUGCA